GUCUUAUAUACAGUACAUAUCACAGGUCUUAUAUACAGUACAUAUCACAGGUCUUAUAUACAGUACAUAUCACAGGUCUUAUAUACAGUACAUAUCACAGGUCUUAUAUACAGUACAUAUCACAGGUCUUAUAUACAGUACAUAUCACAGGUCUUAUAUACAGUACAUAUCACAGGUCUUAUAUACAGUACAUAUCACAGGUCUUAUAUACAGUACAUAUCACAGGUCUUACAUACAGUACAUAUCACAGGUCUUAUAUACAGUACAUAUCACAGGUCUUAUAUACAGUACAUAUCACUGGUCUUAUAUACAGUACAUAUCACAGGUCUUAUAUACAGUACAUAUCACAGGUCUUAUAUACAGUACAUAUCACUGGUCUUAUAUACAGUACAUAUCACUGGUCUUAUAUACAGUACAUAUCACUGGUCUUAUAUACAGUACAUAUCACUGGUCUUAUAUACAGUACAUAUCACUGGUCUUUUAUACAGUACAUAUCACAGGUCUCAUAUCACAGGUCUUAUAUAUAGUACAUAUCACAGGUCUUAUAUACAGUACAUAUCACAGGUCUUACAUACAGUACACAUCACAGGUCUUUUAUACAGUACAUAUCACAGGUCUCAUAUCACAGGUCUUAUAUAUAGUACAUAUCACAGGUCUUAUAUAUAGUACAUAUCACAGGUCUUACAUACAGUACAUAUCACUGGUCUUAUAUACAGUACAUAUCACAGGUCUUACAUACAGUACAUAUCACUGGUCUUAUAUACAGUACAUAUCACAGGUCUUAUAUACAGUACAUAUCACAGGUCUUAUAUAUAGUACAUAUCACAGGUCUUAUAUACAGUACAUAUCACAGGUCUUAUAUACAGUACAUAUCACUGGUCUUAUAUACAGUACAUAUCACAGGUCUUAUAUACAGUACAUAUCACAGGUCUUAUAUAUAGUACAUAUCACAGGUCUUAUAUACAGUACAUAUCACAGGUCUUAUAUAUAGUACAUAUCACAGGUCUUAUAUACAGUACAUAUCACAGGUCUUAUAUACAGUACAUAUCACAGGUCUUAUAUACAGUACAUAUCACAGGUGGCUGGUUUCAACUUCAUUUGGGAGGGCUGGCUCAUAGUGAUGGCUGGAACGGAAUACAUGGAAUUUCCAUGGUUACCUGUUUGAUAACAUUGUAUUCACUCCAUUCCAGCCAUUAAUAUUAGCAUUCAUCCCCUCAGCAGCCUCCUGUGAUAUGUAUAUAACCAGGCACUAUAUAACCAGGCACUAUAUUCUAAAAGGCCUAAUUUACAUUUACAUUUUACAUUUAAGUCAUUUAGCAGACGCUCUUAUCCAGAGCGACUUACAAAUUGGUGCAUUCACCUUAUGACAUCCUAAUGAAUAUGAAGGAAUUUACAUUCCUUCCUUUUUUGUGUUAGAAUUAUUUUGAGACUAAGGAAAUAUCAGGUUGUUGCUCGAACUCUCAAUAUUUGUAAUAGAUUUGUGCCCUUAAAUAUUUACUUAGUAUUAUGUGCAAAUUUAAUACAGUUGUUUGUAGGAUUACAUAAUUGUUGUAAUUUCAAUAAAAUAAUGUAUUUAUGAAAGCUGUAUCUGUAAAACCGUUUGUUUUCCGUAGUUAAAAUGUUACAACCUUGUAGGCCUACAGGCCAGAUGAAUUACAUAUUUAGCUGUUUUGAUAAGGACUAACUUUUAAUUUGCUUUUGUUGUUCUUCAUUUAUAUUUAUUCACAUGUUUGUCUUAUUUUACAAUACAUUGUAAACAUUACAUCAUAAACCUUUUGAACAUAGAUAGCUAUAGAACCCUGAUAUGUUCUAUGAUUUGGUUGUUUUUGUGCAUUUCCGUGUGGCCCUGACCUCACCAUCUCGUAGGCAGCGUAUAGGCGCCACCUUGUGGCAAUUUGGCAAACUGCAGUGCAGGACGGGAAAAGAGAACAGGUCUUACCUUCAGUUUAUUUACAAUACAUAGCUACAAAGAAAAGCAAGGAUGCAGUAUGAAACCAGCGCUCUCUUACAAUACCACUUAUCUAAUGUAACAAGCUUCUCAAUAAAAUACCUAACCAAAUAUCCCAAUAGCGCAAAGAGGUUUCUAUACCAUUGUUAAAGCCUGUAAUAUGCACAGUCACGGUGGCCGAGAGGUUAAGGCGUUGGACUCGAAAUCCAAUGGGGUUUCCCCGCACAGGUUCGAAUCCUGUUCGUGACGAUUGUUCGCUUUUAGUAUUUGCAGUUGUAUUAAAGAAAACAUACGGCAAAUAUAUCGACAAAGCAGUUUCUGCUUAUAUAGGCUUAGUUGGAUUUCGAAAAAGCUAUAUGGAGAAUUUAUGCUUUAUUAUGAGGGAAUGAGCCCUGAACGUAACACGCCCCCUUGAUAACCAUGUGUUGUUCUCGUAUCCCUAAUUUUGACAGCUGUAAAUUCAUUUGAACCUGAUUUGAACGAUUUCCACCAUCACUACUUGUCUCUCUUUCUCGCUUCAGUGACUUUAAUCAAAUAUGUUCGCCAUUGUGCCAAACGAUGCUCAAUUCUUGAUAAAAGACGUAAGGUUGGGAUUGAAGAAUUUAAAUUUAAUCUUUAUUGUGUUGGAAAUGGGAAGGGUAACUAAAACAAAGGAUGGGCAUGAGGUUCGCUCCUGCAAGGUGGCUGAUAAAAGUGGGUGCAUCAACCUGUCUGUGUGGGACGAGGUGGGUGGACUCAUCCAGCCAGGAGACAUCCUCCGCCUCUCACGAGGCUAUGCAUCCCUGUGGAAGGGCUGUCUGACACUCUACACAGGCAGAGGAGGAGACCUGCAGAAGAUAGGAGAUUUUUGCAUGGUCUUCUCUGAGGUGCCAAACUUUAGUGAACCAAACCCAGAGGUACUGGCCCAGGCCAACAGGCCGUCUAAAGUUGAGUCCCAGAACAGUUCUUCUGUCAGUCAAAGCUCCACCCCCUCAGUCCCCACCCUCACAUACUCUUCCAAUGGAUGCUCUCCGCUCUCCCGGAAUCCAACCUAUGGGAGCACAGGACAGCAGACUGGGCGAGGCUCCGGAGGUCCUGGCACCGACCCCAAGCCCACAGAUUCUGUGGGCAACAGCAGGGACCCACGGCAAGGGCUAAAGAGGAAAUGACGCUGGUUUCAAAUCAACACGUAUCUUGGGCCGAGUUGUAUUUUUAUUUAGCAAGUUAAAUCAUUUUUGUUAACGUGGCCAUCAUUUUCUAAGGAAUGUUACACAUUUGGUUCAAAUAAAUAAAUCAUAACUAAAAGA